GGCAGUACUCUGGUUGUAAGCGGUAGUGGCGGUUUGUGGGAGAAUAGCUGCUGAAAUCUGACUGAGUAAAAUAGAAGCCAGAUCCAUGUGUUGAGGCGCCGGUGGUGGUGCAGUGUGUGAGAUUGUGGGGUCGGGUCAACCCCUUCCCAUCGCACGUUUAGAGGACAGGUCAGUGUAGAGACUGCAGAACAUGGAGGGCCUGGCUUUAGCCCUCCUUGUAGUGGUGGUGACCCUCCUGAACCCUGGAGAUGUGUCUGCAGGGGGUCUUGCCAUCAGACGGAGCAUCGCCGUCAUACCACACGACAUAUAUCCUGGGUACAGCAUAAAGAAGUUCGAGGGCGGCCAACAAUUGAUGAACUAUCGUCUGUUGGAGACUGGCUUCUCAGAGUUCUUCACUGUGUUAGAGGACGGCUUAGUGAUGACCACAUCUGACUUGAGCCCACUGGUGAACCGACCAGUUAACUUGGUUGUUCUGGAAGAAACACCGAACAGCACAGCCACGCACACCCUGCAGCUAUACGUGCUGGACCGACGGGACAUGCUCAGUUUUCACAAAGAACUCUACGAAGACGGAGAAGUGUCCGAGAACUCCGCUGCUGGUACCAGAGUUGAGGGCAUCCCUCGUCUUGACGUCACCGGGGGCGGUGUUGGGGGUCUCCCAGUUAGGUACGCUAUUGUGGCCGGUAACGAGGAUGACGCCUUUGCGUUGCAGGAGAAUGACGACGGAGACAAUGAAACACUGGGCAUUACUGCCAAGACGGGCCUGAAUGGAGUUCAUCUCAUUACGGCUCGGCCUUUGGACAGGGAAACUACUCCUUCCUAUACCCUGACAGUGCAGGCAUCAGAUGGGCGUGGAAUCGAUAAAGCUUUCACCAAAGUCAAAGUGACAGUGAUAGACGAAAAUGACAACAGUCCGGUGUUCUCUAAGCAUGUUUAUCGUUUCACUCUGGGGGAAGCUAAAAAUAGCAUAGAAGACAAUGUCACAGCGAGUAAUGUCUGGAAGCGAUUCGCAGCGGUUGGGACGGUUUCAGCCACAGAUGCGGAUGGAGAUCGGGUUGCAUACCGUCUUGCCGUACCAAGUAACUUAGUGGUGAUAGUUCCCCAGACAGGUGACUUGCUUAUGGCCGGAGAACCACCAAAUGCUCUGGGUGAAGAUGUUGAAUAUGAAAUUACCGUAGAGGCUCACGACUUGAGAACGCCUAGCCGCACCUCUGAGGUGCCCGCUCAGGUAUGGCUGCAGUUCAACUCGCUGGUUCAGGACGACGAUCACCUGCAGCACAUGGAUAGGGACCCUCCGCAGGCACAUCGGAUCUCAAAGCGUCGUGUUACUCGUGCGGUGAGACCGACCAAGAAGAUUGAGUUCACUGAGGCGGACGGCGAGACGGAAGGACGCGUCGUGUUCCAGCUGGAGAAGGAGACGGAACGAGAGACCUUCAAGAUUCGAGACGAGAACCCUUGGGUUACUGUUGAACCAAACGGGGCCGUGCGCGUCAAAAAGAAGUGGGACUAUGAGGAGCUUGGCCCUGAGAAGACCAUCGAUUUUUGGGUCAGCAUCACCAACGCUGGACUCGGAACCGGAGUGGGAGUGCGCUAUACGGACAAUCAGCGCGUCAUCAUUCACGUCAAGGAUGUGAACGACGAGCCCCCAUACUUCAUCAACCGCCCGCUACCUAUGCAAGCCGUCGUGCAGCUGAACGCACCCCCAAACACCCCUGUGUUCACCCUGCAGGCGCGGGACCCCGACACGGACCACAACAUCCACUAUUUCAUCGUGAGAGAUCGCACGGGAGGUCGAUUUGAGGUUGAUGAGCGCUCAGGGGUUGUGCGUACUCGUGGCACAGACCCCUUUCAACUGGAUAUGGAAUAUGUUCUUUACGUGAAAGCUGAGGACCAGAAUGGGCGAGUUGAUGAGCGGCGGUUUCAAUCUACACCUGAAGAGCGGUUGUCAAUUGUGGGCGGGAAGAGAGCACCACAAUUCUACAUGCCGUCGUAUGAAGCUGAAAUUCCGGAGAAUCAGAAAAAAGACUCUGACAUAAUAUCUGUGAAGGCAAAGUCAUUUGCAGAUCGUGAAAUAAGAUAUACUCUGAAGGCUCAGGGGCAGGGUGCAGGUACGUUUAACAUUGGCCCCACUUCAGGCAUAGUAAAACUUGCCAAGGAACUUGACUUUGAAGAUCUAAGACAGCCACACGUAUACUCACUCAUUGUGACAGCAACUGAGGACUCUGGAGGCUUCUCCACUUCAGUUGAGCUCACAAUCCGUGUAACAGAUGUAAAUGACAAUGCUCCUAAGUUUGAGUUACCAGAUUAUCAAGCACACAAUGUGGAUGAGGACAUUCCACUUGGAACAUCCAUUCUGAAGGUUAAGGCUACAGAUGCUGAUUCUGGCUCCAAUGCUGAAAUUGAGUACUUAGUGUCAGAUGAUCACUUUAGUGUGGAUUCAAAUGGAAUUAUAACCAACACCAAACAGUUGGAUGCAGAUAAUAAUAAUGCGUAUUAUGAAUUUGUUGUCACAGCAAAAGAUAAAGGAGAACCUUCCAAAACUGGCACAGCUACUGUUCGCAUCUACACAAAGAAUAAAAACGAUGAAGAACCGAAGUUCUCACAGCAAGUGUAUACUCCAAAUGUGGAUGAAAAUGCUGGUCCCAAUACUUUAGUUACAACAGUUGUUGCUUCUGAUAAAGAUGGAGACAAUGUCAGGUUUGGAUUUGUUGGUGGGGGUACAUCGUCAGGUCAGUUUGUGAUUGAGGAAAUCACUGGAGUAAUUCGGCUGCAUGGGAAGGCAAUAUCAUUAGAUCGAGACAAGUAUGAACUGAAUGUAACUGCCAUGGAUGAUGGAGCAUGCUGUGUGAAUGGUGAUGCAACGAUUCACACGAGUACAGCUGUUGUGGUGGUGUUUAUUACGGAUGUGAAUGACAAUAAGCCAGUAUUUAAAGACUGUGGGACCUACUACCCUAAAGUUGAAGAAGGUGCUCCCAAUGGCAGUCCUGUCAUAAAGGUUCAUGCAACUGAUGAAGAUAAGGGUGUGAAUGGACAGGUAAAGUACUCCAUUGUGCAACAGCCAAACCAGAAGGGCACCAAGUUUACUGUUGAUGAAGAAACAGGCGAAGUGUCAACAAAUAAAGUGUUUGAUCGUGAAGGAGACGAUGGGAAAUUUGUGUCAGUGACAGUGAAGGCAACUGAUCAGGGUGAACCUUCACUGGAAGGUGUAUGUUCAUUCACUGUUGAGAUCACGGAUGUGAAUGACAACCCACCAUUGUUUGAUAGACAGAAAUAUGUAGAGAAUGUGAAGCAAGAUGCAAGUAUUGGUACCAACAUUUUGCGUGUGUCUGCAUCUGAUGAAGAUGCUGACAACAAUGGAGCAAUUGUUUAUACACUAAGUGCUCCCUACAGUCCAUCUGAUCUCGAGUACUUUGAGAUCCAGCAGGAGUCUGGCUGGAUUGUGUUGCGGAAGCCGCUGGAUCGAGAAACAUACAAGUUGGAGGCCAUGGCUCAAGAUAAAGGGUACCCUCCCUUGUCCCGAACCGUGGAAGUUCAAAUUGAUGUUGUGGACCGUGCAAACAAUCCUCCAGUGUGGGACCAUGUGGUCUACGGACCCAUCUACAUUAAAGAAAACAUGCCGAUCGGGGCAAAAGUUGUAUCGGUUAAAGCCAGCUCUGGGAUAGAUGGAAAUCCCACAGUGUUCUAUCAUCUUAUGCCAGGGUCAACGGCACAAACAAACAAGUUUCAUACAUUCUACUUACAACAGAGAGCAGAUAAUGGAUUUACUUGGGCAGAUAUAAAAGUUAAUCAUCCGUUGGACUAUGAAACUAUAAAAGAAUAUAAUCUAACCAUAAGAGUAGAGAAUAAUGGAGCACAGCAGUUGGCUUCAGAAGCCACUGUCUUCAUCAUGCUUGAGGAUGUGAAUGAUGAAAUUCCUCUCUUCACUGAGCGAGAACAAGAAACAGUUCUUGAAGGCGAGCCUAUUGGUACCAAAGUGACACAGGUCAAUGCAAUUGACAAAGAUGGCACCUUCCCUAACAACCAGGUGUACUACUACGUAGUAGACUCGCCCCGAAAUGAGGGCAAAGACUACUUUGAGAUCAACUUGCAGUCAGGUGAAGUGUUCACCAAGAUUGUGUUUGAUCGUGAGAAGCAAGGUGCUUAUGCUCUCGAAGUGGAGGCACGGGAUGGAUCCCCAUCUGCACGCCCGAACAGCGGUGGACAGCCCAACUCAG